GAAAGAACAAAAAAAACCGUUUCGAUGAAUCAAUCGGAGGGUUUCCUUUUAUCAUUGCCGGAUGAUAUUGUGCUGAAAAUCGUGAAUUUGCUUCAGUUUUCGGAUGUUUGUUCUCUAAGCAGUUGCUGUCGAGCGUUGAAAAACCUGUGCGGUUUGGAUUCUGUGUGGUUGGAUCUAUGUAAUGAUAGAUGGCCAAACCUAGAAAUUGUCCAAAACACUUUAGGAUCUCUCAAUAAUGGUGAAUUACCUGUGAUUAUUUCGGCGGAUGAUGCUGUCUUGAAGGGAUGGAAGGAAUUUUAUAUAUACAAACACAUGGAGAUAAGUAUGCAAUCACAAAUUGUGAUUGGAUCUAUGAAGUAUGAUUCUAAUGAAUUUGUCAAGGUCAAGCAUUAUCAAACUACUAUGGAGAAACUGUGGCGAUUCGAGUUUGAAUUCAAAGAUGUGGAGAUAUUCUUUUUCAAACCAAAUUUAAGUGGGAUCAUUAAUUUGGUUGGAUUACAUUACUGCAUUGAUUGUCUUGAAAUACCUUGUGAUGAAUUGAUUGAAGCACUUAGCCGCAACAAGAUUAUAGACAGGGAUGUGAUUGCUAGAUGGUGGAAAUAUGGAGAACAUUUUCAAGACAUUUUGGAGGGGUUUGAUAAUGAGUUUUAUUUUCAUGGGGUGUCAUUGGAGGAUAUCGCAUUGAGUGAAGUAGAUUUAUUUAUGGAUCUUGUUCGAACUCGAAACAGCUCGCUAACUAUUCGUCUUUCUUCUUGUUCAGAUAUUUGAUUUUCGGUUUAUUUAGAUUCAUGAA